AUGCCAGGCACGGCUUCUAUGUCUCGCACGACAGAUGCGCUGAGCAUUUUGAAAAUGGGGAAAUCAUUUAUCCUGACGUCACGUGACGUGGAUUUCCUUCCUUUGCUUCGCUCGCAAAAUGAAUAUGCAGUCUCUUGUCACUUAGUUUUAACAUUCUAUGUGCGGUUAUGCACCCUCCGGGUGACAAGGCUGAGAGUAUGUGGCUCGCUGGGGGAGGCCGGGGGCGGUGCGGCGGGAGGGGCGGGCGCGGGCACGGUCACACUGGCGGCUCGUAUGCACAGCAGCAAGAGAACCCUCCGCUCGAACGACAUCACCGUGCCGCCGCUCGACGUCGAGCUCGACCUGUGCUUCUCGCUGCAGUACCCGCACUUCGUUAAGCGGGACGGUAACAGAUUACAGAUAAUGUUGCAGAGGCGCAAGAAAUACAAAAAUCGCACCAUUCUUGGGUACAAGACAUUGGCGGAAGGUGUCAUACGAAUGGAUCAGGUUCUUCAACGUUCCAUGGACAUGGAGUUAGAGCUGACGAGCGUGGGUGGUAAGGUCGGCGCUGGAGCCGGCCAGCCCGUCGCCAGGCUCACCAUCACAGGCCUGGCCUCCACACCAGUGGACCAUGACACCAAGAACAAUAACACCUUGCUUAUUACUGAACGAGGUUACUCAGAUGAAGAGGAAGAAGGGGAGUUCAGUUCGGUCGAGGAAGCGGACGACUUGACGUACGGCGCCGCGGCGCGGAGGCGGACACACAGACAGCUCGCUUUCAAUAAGGGAGACUUAUCCUACACCAAGCUGUCACGCUCACGAGAGCUAAGCUUCAUGGAGCGUGAGAGAAAGAUACAGAACUAUAUACGGUCCAAGGCGCACGACAGGGACAGCGAUAGUGAGCUGGAGCACGCAGCGGCCAAGCGCAAGGGCAGCCGCGGCAAGCUGGCGGUGAGCCGGCACGCGAUAUCUUAUUACUAUGGGAAUAGAGAUGAAUUUUGUUUGACACUUUGUCAACGAAAUUUGAAGCAGAAGUUCGCAGCAUUACUGCGUCGGUUUCGAGUUCCCGAAGAGUUGAGCGAGCGAGGCGCUGCCAGAGACACGCAUCACGCUCAGCGGGACAUCGAUGAACUAUUUCAGGAGUUAGAGUCGCUCUCAUGCGGCGAGGGCGAAGACUCCGGACCAGACCAGAUGGACACAAUCAGCAUUGGUUCAACCCCCAAACCCUCAUUACGACCGUUCUUCAGUAGUUCCCGCAGUCUUGCAAACCAGGAACACCAUCGACAUUCGAAUGUGACGCGGCACGCCAGCCUCGCGUCCGCGGCCGAGCUGCGUCCGCGCGACCGCCACACGUCCGUGCCAAUCACAGAGUCAGAAGCGGUACGAAGUUCUGCGGGUGAUGAGCGCGGCAGUGAAUACAAUAGCGAUGGUGAUGCGACACUCGAUGCGCCCGUCUCGGGCGCUUCUGUGUCUAGCUCGCCUCCUAAUGAGACAAAGGAGGAUAAAAGAUCUAGACUUUUCCGUAGUGCCACUAGUGGUGGUAAUUUGACGCCUGCAGCUGCGGCACGCAAGAAGAAUUCACUUGUUAUUGGUACAGAGCGACCGCUCUCCGCUCACGAUCUCCCCGCUCAGAGUCCCACUACACUUGAGCCGCGUCGCACGAUGCUGGAGCAGCUGGGCCGCGUGCUGGGCGAGGAGGGCCCGCUGCCCGAGGCGGUGGCGCUGGCGCCCAGCGCGCUGGCGCGCGUGUUCCAGGCGCUCGCCGUGCCCGCGCUGCUGUCCCCGCCCGCCGUGGCUCCCGACGCGCGGGCGCUGCUGCACGCGCUGCUGGCUCGGGCCACUAAACAGGGCGUGCGGCGCGGCGUGCGCGUGUGCGUGUGCGGCGGCGACGCGUGGUGCGCGGCGGCGCUGCGCGCGCACGCCGAGCUGGCCGCGCGCCGCCCCGACGCGCCGCCGCUGCGCUUCUACGUCGUGCCCGCCGGUCCUAAUACGAUCGCCCGAUGGUUGGGAGCGUCUGAUAAUACGUACGCGGCGCUGUUCUGUAACGAGACGUGGAAUAAUCUGUGCGAACGUGCCAGCGACGCCAGCAUGACGGAUAUAGCUGAGAUGUCUUCUAGGGUUGCCAGGUACCUAAAUAGCAUCGGUCCAGUCAACAACAUACCGAUAGGCGAAGCCAUGGUGGCCUAUCGAGACAAGUCGGGGGAUGAGGACUCGAGUCAGACUUUCGUACCAUUUGUGGCGGAGGUGCGCGUGGGUUGCGGCGAGGGCGGCCCCUCCUCCCUGGAGCUGGACGAGGGCUCCCCGCCCGCGCGCCCCUCCCCGCCCGCCACGCCCGCCCCCGCCCCGGAGCUGGCCCCGCCCCUCGCGCAGCCGCUCGCCUUUGCGCGCAACGAGCCGCUCGAGCUGCAGCUUGAUUACUGGCCGGUGAAGGGGGCAAGUGGGGCGGAGGGCGGCGGUAAAGUGACCCUGAAGGGCUCGUUCCGCGCCCUGCUUGUAACGCGCCACAACCAUCAUCUCUGUAUUACUUACCUUACGAAAGAGAAGAAACAGAAAAUAAUGAGGUUGGGGAAGAAGAAGGAAAAAAGUGGCGAGGCGGAACCGGGGCGCGCGCAGACCGUGGAGGGCGUCGCUCGGCUUAUUUGUUCUGCGAAAGGAUCGCACAAUGUUCCGCUCAAAGUGUAUAUCGACGGCACAGAAUGGAAUGGCGUGAAGUUCUUCCAAUUAUCAACGCAAUGGCAGACACACGUCAAGACGUUCCCCGUAGCCACUUGCGGAGCACCCCUUGCGCCCCAGGAAACUUAGGCAUUCGCCCUUCGGUCGUCCCGCUUCGGUUUUUUAGCCUGCUAGUCAAGCCCUGGACGUAGGUCUAUGGACUGUGACGUCAUGAGUAGCCGAUAGAGUAGUCGGCUUUACAUCAGCUUUGUAAGUCCUAAUUUGUACGGAAUUCGAUGCAAGCCGAUAGAAAUAUGAGGCUUUUGAACCCGUCAGCGUAAAUUUGAGUACAAUUUGUAUUGAAAAUAAUAUCUGUAAUGGAACAAAUAAUGAUGAGAAAUAAAGAUAUUGACUAAUGUAUUGUACGAACGGUAGUCGUUCCAAGCGUUCUGCUAACUAUAAAACUUUUUAAUAAAUAUGUAUAAUCCUGUU